CGAUCGACCCGGAAUCCCCGUUAAGACAAAACACGCUCUUAAUCAGCCAUGGCUGCCUCGCUUUCCCUCAGACCGGCCAUAACCGCUCUCUACGCCGCCGAUCUGAGCGACGGCGUUUCCAAGCUUGGGAGUCGUCCAGGAAAGUUGGAGAUCAAGUAUAACUUGACGGGAAGGCAGUUGAAGUUCCGGAUGAAUUGCUCAAUAGAGAAAGAGACGGUCUUGAGCACAUCGGCUUUUGCUGAUAAUGUUGUUGAUUGCUUAAAUGAUGAUGCGGAAUCGAUGGUUAGGGAGGUUAAAGAGCCCAGUGUUUCAACUAUAUUGAUGAAUUUCGAGAACAAGUUUGAUCCAUAUGAUGCAAUGAGUGUACCACUCUACCAAACAGCUACAUUUAAGCAGCCUUCAGCGACUGAUAAUGGCCCCUAUGAUUAUACCAGAAGUGGAAAUCCAACACGUGAUGCUUUGGAAAGCCUUUUAGCCAAGAUUGAAAAGGCAGAUCGAGCAUUUUGCUUCACAAGUGGAAUGGCUGCUUUGGCUGCUGUUACUCAUCUUGUUAGAGAAGGUGAGGAAAUUAUUGCUGGAGACGACAUAUAUGGAGGUUCUGAUCGAUUGUUGUCACAAGUAACUCCAAGAAGUGGAGUGGUGGUGAAACGAGUGAAUACAAGUGACUUAGACGACAUAGCAUCUGCAAUCAGCGCGCAGACAAAGCUUGUGUGGUUAGAGAGUCCAACAAACCCACGACAGCAAAUUUCUGAUAUUCGUAGAAUUGUGGAGAUGGCUCAUUCAUGCGGUGCUCUUGUCUUGGUGGACAACAGUAUUAUGUCCCCUGUGUUAUCACAACCCUUAGAACUUGGUGCAGACAUUGUAAUGCACUCAGCCACUAAAUUUAUUGCGGGACACAGUGAUGUCAUGGCUGGUGUGCUUGCAGUAAAAGGGGAAAGGCUGGCAAAAGAUCUGUAUUUCCUGCAAAAUGCAGAAGGGUCUGGCUUAGCACCCUUUGACUGUUGGCUCUGCUUACGAGGUAUUAAGACCAUGGCCUUACGUGUCGAAAAGCAACAGGAGAAUGCACAGAAGAUAGCAGAGUUUCUUGCUUCACAUCCACGAGUGAAGAAAGUUAAUUAUGCUGGUCUUCCUGGGCAUCCUGGAUGGGUUUUGCAUCAUUCUCAGGCGAAGGGUGCGGGAUCUGUGCUUAGCUUUUUGACUGGAUCAUUGGCACUGUCGAAGCAUAUUGUUGAGACUACCAAGUACUUCAGUAUUACUGUCAGUUUUGGUAGUGUGAAGUCACUCAUCAGCCUGCCUUGCUUUAUGUCUCAUGCUUCAAUUCCAGCAGCGGUACGAGAAUCUAGGGGUCUAACAGAGGAUCUUAUUCGAAUAUCAGUGGGAAUUGAGGAUGUUGAUGAUCUGAUUGCUGAUCUAGACUAUGCACUAAGAACUGGCCCUCUUUAGGUAUUCGAGCUUCCAAUUUUGUACAAUUUCAAGCUUUCAAUAAGAAAGUUAUACGAUGUGGAAUGUAACUUCAACUAAAAUCUUUGGGUGUUUAUUGAAGUUUCAAUGUUUUCCCUAGUUAAA